AUGAAGGCGCUUGGGUAUGGUGAUGUUGACAUUGCUGUUGGUGAAACGGGCUGGCCUUCUGUUUGUGAUGGUUGGGAUGCUUGUAGUGUGGCGAAUGCUCAGAGUUAUAAUGGUCAGUUGAUUAGGCAUUUGGCAGAAGGAAAAGGGACUCCGUUGAUGCCCAAUAGGCGGUUUGAGACUUUUAUUUUUGCUUUGUUUAAUGAGAAUCAGAAACCUGGUCCAAUUGCUGAACGUAAUUGGGGACUCUUUCAACCUGAUUUCUCUUCUGUUUAUGAUGCUGGGAUCUUGCGUAACGGACAGAGACCAGUAGUGCCUGUAAAGGGAGGAGGACAAACGCCAACACCACGUCCUGUAGUUGGAGGGCAGAAAUGGUGUGUGCCAAAGGCGGACGCGAGUGCUGGAGCUUUACAAGCGAAUAUAAACUAUGUUUGCAGCCAAGGAGUUGAUUGCAGGCCAAUCCAACCGGGAGGAGUUUGCUACGCUGCUAACAAUGUUAAGGCACUUGCCACUUAUGCCAUGAAUGCUUACUAUCAGGCUAAUGGAAAACAUGAUUUCAAUUGUGACUUCGCGAACUCCGGUGUUGUUACUUCUGUUAAUCCAAGUCAUGAUAAUUGUAGAAUUUGA